AUGUUUCUUAGAACGCUGCGCUCUUUGAGUGAAAGACUCACUACCUCUAGUAGCUCCCCGGUUGAGCCCGGUAUUCACGAUACAGGCAGCAACGCGUCAGCCGUGGAAGAUGCCAGCGCCGAGCAGCUCGACACGGAGAACCAGCAAUGUGCCCAGCAAACACGGACCACAGAUAUCCUCGACUACAAGCGUCGAUAUAACGACUCGUUACCCUUCGUUCGUCCUCCUGACGAUGUCUUAAUUGUCAUAUUCCUCCACCUUCGCGAUCUCAGGGCUGCUUGCGAGCCACCAGCCCUCCAUGUCCCCGAGUGGGUGUCCAUCACCUGGGUCUGCCACCGCUUUCGAGCACUUUGCCUUGACUACCCUUUGCUAUGGUCCUACAUCGGAGACUACUAUGCUGCAUGGUUGCGUGAGUUUACCGAGCGCUCGAGGCCGAUCCCACUGGAUGUCGACAUGCAUGUGGAUCUCCAUCAGAGACAGUCGCCGUCGUUGGAACGCGUCUUGGCGCGCCAGCAUCGAAUGCGCACACUGAUAUUGGAUGGAGAAGAGUUUAUCAUGACCUUCAUCGUGCCUCUCCUCCUAGACUCGCCCACUCCCGAGCUUACCACGUUUUGUCUGCGGACACAUACACUAUCCCAUGGCUCGCCAUACUUCAGUGACGAGGCGAUGUAUGAUGGCGCGCCCGGGAGGAGCAUGUCAAUACUUCUAGAUGCGCCUUGUCUGCGCUCGUUGAAACUGUCGGGGAGGCUCUUAGCCCAUAUCGAUCCCUCUUCGACUCUGCUCCCAUCGUCUCUCGAGGAGAUCGACAUCGAAGGAUGUUACACGGCACACGAGCUGCACACGUUGCUGCGGGGGGUGCCCAACAUCCGUUCCUUUACAGUGAGGGGUGCAAAAAUGAUCAUACCACGAUCGAGCCUCACUGCCGUACGGGCGCAUGCGUGGACCCCACUCGAAUUACCUCAUCUCUGCUCGAUCAAUAUCGAGGUCGCCUCCGACGAACACUUGACUGAUCUACUACUCAGCCUUGUGGUGCCCUCUCUGCGCCUCACGCAUUUGAUCUUCUCAGAUUGCGAUCCACAUUCAGAUACUGCGAAGGUCACCGGCCUAUUAUCGGCCAUUCGUACUCUUCUAACAAGGAGUCACGGAGGAGCUCGAUUUCAGAGCUUACGUCUCUCCUCCCUCGUGGACCAUUUCAGGACUGCAGACUCCAUGGAUCGGUACUGUCUGGCCGACAGCAUACACAUGUGGCAUUCUUCCAAAACGGGAACAGAUGCUGUAACGCCAUACCGACAAUCUACGGCGGAUGCGCUGGUCACGUUCAAAUCGCAGCAUUCUACGUAUUUCCGACCAAUUCUGCAAAUGCGGAACUUGUCGCCCUUUUACCGGCGCCUCUGCGAGGUGUUUUCCCUCAGCGAUGUGCGGACGUUGACGAUAGAUACCGAACUCGCGUACUCUGCGCAAGGAUGGGCUGACAUCGUACGACCACUUGCCGGCGUCGAAGAGAUCAAGUUCGUCGAUCGCCACGGACGACUUGCUGCAGCCUUGGACGCGUUAAGCUUAACUCCAUUCGUCCUCCCGACGUUAUCGCGUCUUGUGAUGUGCUUCGGCUUGCGCACAUCGGUCACGCCUCCGCCUCUCCUAGAGGAGUUGAGCGGGGUAGCGAGGACCCGCAGGAAGGGCACUGAGCGACUUCGUAUCGCGUUCGAAGGGUGCCCGCGAUACCUUCCGGCCCUCGAUGAGGGAUUGAGGGAGAUCGCGGAUGUUACAUGGGACAAUGUAGGCUUCUUCGAUGACGGAAACACUGAGAUUGCGGGGCCAUGGUUGGCUCUCAUCUCAGGGCUUUGA